AUGAUCACGUGGAAAAAUUCAUCUCUGAUACUAACCUGGUGGAUUAUCUCGAUUUUGUUAGGUCAUGCUAAAAUAGAUCUUCAACUAUGUCCCCAACGUGCAAUCACAGUUCGAGAUCCGAAAUGGCCAAACAUAUCGCCAAGUUUCGAACUCUUUGCUGAACUGACCGACAAUAGUGGCACAGCAGAAAUAAUACAGACACUCACUAAUCAACGAGAUCUAGUCAUACAAACUGCUAACGGAGAGACCAUCUCUGAAUAUUGGUAUUUUGAUACUAAUGAACAAUUUGAGAUUUUACACUUGAUCACUGAUGGUCAAACUUCACCUGCUUGCCUUCGUCAAGUGAUUGGUCCUCUAGCAACUACUUCAACUAUUCGAUUGACGCCCUUUAUCAAACCAUCGGUUCUUCUCGGAUACAAUGCUCGAGAUGAGAUAAAUCUUAACUUUGGUACCAAAUUUAUUAGAGCAUCUCAGUUGAGUUUCAUGCCUGUGAAUAUCUUUGAAUCAUGUUUUUACUUAAAUGAUUUGCGUAUUACUGUUGCCGUAACCUAUCACAUGACAGAUAUUGAAAAAUUUCCAAGUUUUGGCUAUAUGAAUGAUAGUGUCCCAUUGCGUAUCGAAGUUCGAACAAAAUCAACACUCGCUGACAAUGAAGAGACCUACUUUUACAAUAUAUUUCGGUUUCUAUCCAAUCUAACUGCAGAGCAGCAACAACAAGCAUUGUCAAUACCUGCUGGCAUCUUUUGUUUGAAUCAAACAAACACGAAACCAGCUCCCAGCAAUCUGUCUGAUAAAAUCUCCAUGAACGGAGAAAUACAAAUUCUAUCUGGAGAAGAAUUUGCCAUCGAAAGUGUUGAUACGAUAUAUGAUCGACCGUUUCAAUUUGCUCAAUUCAAAGUCUGGUCGAAUAAUAGUGCACAGACCAUUGAACUGCAUGAUUUCGCUACUGGCUUGAUCUAUCGUUAUUUCACGUCAACACAGCAAUGCAAUGUAUGGAGGAUCAAUUCCAGUAUGAGUGAUGCUUUACCGAUACCGAAUCAAUCCCAUUUUUUUCAAAUGGCGCAACCACUUCAUUUAUUCCUUUUGGACGAUAUGAAUUUCCAGUAUACUGGCUCGAGAGAAUGUCAUAGACAAAUGCGAUGUCAUGUUUGGAUUGGCGAGAAGCCGCUCUCGAGUGGAACUGGAUUCGAACGUCGUGAAUGGUACUGGGCUUAUGAAUUCAAUAAUCGGACUAUCGAACCAUGGAUACCUGUUCGUUUAGUCCGUAUGCAUUUGAAUGCUCAACAAAAACCAGUAAUACUGACGGAAAUGAAUGGUGGAUCGGCUGUUCAACUUACUAAUGGAACCUACCAUAUUCGACUUCUGUCAGAGUUUAUACAGUUUUCUAGUUCGAAUACUCAGCAGCCGAUUGUACCAAAAUACAUCGGUUCUGGUUUCUUUCGAGAUAUGCCUGUCGAUCAGUGGGAAGUUUGUAUAGUCGACAAGCAGAUCAAACGAACGGAGCGUCGAGUUUGGUCUUUCGUCAAGCCCGAUUUCCAAACGAGUGCAGACUCAAAAGUUAAUAUCUCUAUUCCAUUAGGAUAUGUAAUGAAUGCUUCGAUCGUGCCGAACGAUGGUUCAAUGAACUUGGAAUUUAAUGAAAUCAUUAGUAUCGUUUCUUUCAAGCCAAAAAUCGUGGACACGUCUGAUUUCUUCGCACUUCCUCAAGGCACUUUCUGCCCAAAUAUGAUGCCCAACUUGGUUAGUUUAUCGGAUUCAGGCAUUGAAUGGCCGCUACGUUAUACUGUACGAGUCGUUACAACGACGUCGCGUGGUGUUCGUACAAAUCCGUUGCGUUUGCGUGUCGAUAAUAAUGCGGACACAAGACGAGCUCGUUUUGACUAUAUGAUCGACGAUGAGAAUAAUUAUGAAACACUUAUAAUCGACUAUCGAGAACAAAUCAAAUACGUGAUUGAUCAAACACGUGGCGUGUGCAAAAUACUCCAAGGUGUCAGUUGGCCUGAUGUUAAUCCAGAAUUGAAUCCAAUAGAGUUCUUUCUCAAACUGAAAGAGACUAUGCUCGAUCAACCACCGACAAACACUUGGCAAUACAAAGGAACUCGACUUUGCCGUGGUUCGACAAUGCACUGUGUAAUUUAUACCAUGUCACUGGAUAAUUAUCCACCAAUGAUCAGCCCAGAAACGGGCAUGCCCAGCGCUCAGAACUGGGAUGAGACACACAUUGAGUAUGCCUGGUCAAAGCGUGAUUUAAUUUUGACUCCACAGAUAGACAAGCCAAAGAUUUUAGACUAUCCAGUAUCACUUUUUCUGCGAACCUAUCAAAGAAUCGCAACCUCAACAGGCACAGAAUAUCGUUCUGAAGAAAUCGAAUAUGAGUUCUUUGAAAUGUCCACUGAUUUACCCAACGAUGGUUUCGAUAUCAGUGUUUGCUAUCGUUCUCGUAAUUGGCCCUAUCUACAUCUUGCAUUUAUGGUCAAGUUGAGUAAAGGUAAUUUGGCUGACAGCAAUCAUCUCAAUCGUAAAGAAUUGUACGAUCGUUUUCUUCUCAUGCUCCAAACAACAAUGGCACCGAUUAGUUCGACACGUAUUCAUCAAUUAGAAAUCGAUCAUGAUAUUACCUUAACUGCUGAUACACUCUACGUCAUGUUUCUUUUGCUUGGUCCUACGCCUGCAGCCGAUCCAAUAUCGGGCAAUAUAUCAUUGACAACACCUAUACCGACUGAUCAGCUUAGUGUUGAAGCAGCUCGUGAACAACUUAGAAGUACGAUCAAUAAUGGAAAUUUCAAUAUCAAUGUGCAGUUGUUGGAUAGUGAUCGAUCAAACGUCACUUUCAUGGCGGUGCCUGAUUCUCUUCAAAAUGCUAAAGAAUUUCUUGCAGCACAUCCGUUGAUUUUCAAUGGAGAAAAUACAACGGUAUCGGAAAUCAACAUGAUCAAUAUGACCAAUACUAUUGUACACACUGUAGUCGUAUCCGAAGAGAAAACCGAAUGGAAAUGGUCAUCACGAGCUCAGGUGGGGGGCAUUGUUGGAGGUCUCUUGAUUGGUCUAGUAGUCGGCAUAGUUGCGAUUUUGAUCGCUAACUUAGUGAUGAAAAAGCCGUCAUCGCCAUCACAAACAACUUUACCCAUGUUACCCAUUACCAGCACCGGCCACGGCAACAAACAGGAAAUAUUGAUUAGUAAUCCAACAUUUGGAGCUACACAGCCGAACUUAAUUAGCUCGAAUGCUUGA